AACAAAGGAGGGUUUGUGAAGUCAAUCUAAGAAAGAGAGUUCCUGUAACAUGUAACUUCACCUGGAUGUCGUAUUGUAAAGAUGCUAUUCGAGUCACAUUUGUUGUCUCUAAAAUGUAAGCAAGCAAGCACGAGGGAAAAGAAAGAGAAAAGGGUUACCUACAUAAAUAAGAAAAUAAAAAAAAACAUCGGUGAUAGAAUUUAAUCAUUUUCUAGGCAUCCCAUAUGUAUAUUUAUUUAUUUUUUUAUAGAUGCAAAGCUGAUCACAGAGCAUUUUGGUAAGAAGCGCGGUUGGGUGAGCUGUGUAUCCCGCCACCUUUCUCUUUUUCUCUAUCUUUAAUUUUCUUUCUCAUUUAAUUUUUCUCAAACAAUGUUCCACCACCUUAUGCGCUUUUGAGUCAUCAUAAAUCUCACUUGCUCCUCUCUCUCUCUCUCUCUCUCUCUCUCUGUUUUUCUCUCUCUACAUUCUCAAUAGGGAGAGAAAUGUGGGUUCACUGUGCGGAAUCAUGAGCUCCCGAAGUUCUACUCUCCAUUUAUGGUGGAGAAUUCUUGCGCUUCUUGCUUUUCUUGGAGUCCAGUCUUUUGGGUUGAACAUAGACGGGGUUUUGCUGCUUACUUUCAAAUACUCUGUUCUGAAAGACCCUCUUUGCGUGCUUGAGAGCUGGAAUUUCAACAACGAAACGCCAUGUUCGUGGAAAGGAGUUACUUGUUCACCCCCAGGAGUCGGCGAUGCCUAUCCGCGAGUAAUCGGCUUGGUUCUUCCCAACGCUCAGCUUCUGGGUUCGAUUCCAGCCGAUCUGGGCUUGAUCGAACACCUUCAAAAACUCGACCUCUCUCACAAUUCCCUCAACGGGUCUCUACCUCAGUCGCUCUUCAACGCCUCCCAGCUUCAGUUCCUUGAUUUGUCCAACAAUUGGAUCUCCGGCGAGAUGCCUGAGGACGUAACAAAGCUUUCGAACCUUCAAUCUCUCAACCUCUCCGACAACGCCUUGGCGGGAAAUAUUCCGGCCAAUCUCGCUUCUCUGCAAAAUCUAACAGUCGUUUCUUUAAAGAACAAUUACUUGUCGGGUGGUCUUCCUGGUAGAUUCGAAGCGGUUCGAGAUUUGGAUGUGUCUUCGAAUCUGAUUAAUGGGUCUCUGCCUCCCGAUUUCGGAGGCAACAACCUGCGUUACUUCAACAUCUCAUACAACAGAGUCUCCGGUAGAAUCCCGCCGGAAUACGCCGGGAAAAUCCCAGGCAUUGCUACGAUUGACCUCUCGUUCAACAAUCUCAGCGGACAAAUCCCGGAUUCUGAACUUUUCUUGAACCAAGAAUCCAGUUGUUUUGCCGGGAAUUCUGAUCUGUGCGGCGAACCAAGCAAGAUUCCAUGUCCAAUUCCUUCCUCCCCUUCGUCUCAGCCGAAUGUCACCUCCCCAACCUCUCCACCAGCAAUCGCUGCAAUUCCCAGGACAAUAAACUCCAUCCCAUCACCCGCGUCACCAGGAUCGCCAACCGGGUCUCAAGAAGGAAAACAAGACGGGCUUAGAAUAGCGACGAUCGUGGGAAUCGUAGCUGGGGAUAUUGCUGGGAUUGGAAUCUUGGCUAUGAUUUUCUUGUAUAUAUACCGAUUGAAAAAAAAGAAGAAGAAGAAGAACGAGGAGAGCAGAAUGAAGAGAGAAGCUAACGCAGCAAAAGAAGAAUGGUCGUCGUCUUCAUCGGAAUCAAAAGGUUUCACAAGGUGGUCGUGUUUGAGAAAGAAAGCAGAAGACGAAGAGAAUUCGGACACCGAUAGCUCCGAUAGCGAGGAAAUUCAGAAUGGUCAAGAGAAUCAACGGCAUCAAGACUACGAUCAGAGCAAAAGAGGAACACUGGUGACCGUUGAUGGUGAAAAGGAGUUGGAGCUCGAAACGCUGCUUAAAGCUUCGGCUUACAUUUUGGGUGCCACUGGCUCGAGUAUCAUGUACAAGGCGGUGCUUGAAGACGGAACGACACUGGCGGUUCGGAGGAUCGGCGAAAGCGGUUUGGACCGGUUCAAGGACUUCGAGAACCAGGUCCGGGUCGUGGCCAAAUUGGUCCACGUGAAUUUGGUUCGCAUUCGUGGGUUCUAUUGGGGGGUCGAUGAAAAGCUUAUCAUCUAUGAUUUCGUUCCCAAUGGCAGCCUCGCCAAUGCUCGUUACAGGAAACCGGGCUCUUCACCUUGUCAUCUUCCAUGGGAGGCGCGGCUCAGGAUAGCAAGAGGAGUAGCCCGUGGGCUGUCCUACCUCCACGAGAAAAAGCAUGUCCAUGGAAAUUUGAAGCCCAGUAAUAUUCUCUUGGGCGAUGAUAUGGAACCCAAAAUCGGAGAUUUUGGACUGGAGAAGAUCGUCACCGGCGACACCAGCUAUAAAGGAAGCUCGGCUAGAAAUUUCGGGAGCAAGAGAUCUACGGCUUCCAGGGAUGGCUUCCCAGACAUUGCUACUGGGCCUAGCCCAAGUCCAAGCCCAAGUUCUCUCGGUGUGUCGCCGUAUCUUGCCCCUGAGUCACUCAGGAGUUUGAAACCCAACCCAAAGUGGGAUGUGUAUUCAUUUGGAGUAAUAUUGCUAGAGUUACUAACUGGCAAGGUUGUAAUUUUGGAUGAAUCGGGCCACGUUCCUGGGCUUGAUGAUAAGAAUCGGGCUUUUCGGAUGGCUGAUGUGGCAAUCCGAGCUGAUGUGGAGGGAAAGGAGGAUGCCCUGUUGGCAUGCUUCAAGUUGGGGUACGGUUGUGUAUCACCGACACCGCAAAAAAGGCCAUCCAUGAAAGAAGCAUUACAAGUUCUUGAAAAAUUCCCUUCUUCAACACCUUCAUCAUACUAUUAUGGCCACCAAUGAUAUAUAAUUUCCGAACCUUUUGUAGAGAGAUGUAUGUAUGAUUAACUUAUAGGUUGUUAUUUUUCCAAUGUGUUUUUUUCCCCACCUUGUUUUUAAUUGUGCGAGAUCAUUGAGUUAGAAUGUUGUGUUUGUGACACUAAUUUGUAUUGCUAACACUUUUGGACUCGGUCCCUGCUCCUUUUUUUAGUAACAUGGGAUUUUCAUUAUUUUCCUUC